CCGUCAGAUUGUGUUGAUGUUUUGCGGACUGGACGAACGGCUGGAGAAACGGGAAGAUGUUUUUGUUCCUCUAAACCAUCGAAAAGAAGCCGAGUCGCCGGUCCUCUCGUCGGUUCCGGUUUUAUAAGAACCUUAAGUCGGUGAUUCGAUCCGAACAGCCGGGCCGGAGGGCGUACACACCGAAGCAUUUGAUCCAGAAAGGGAGGACUCGUCGCCCUCUGACCCCCCCCCCCUCACAUAUACACACACACACACAUACACACACACACACACACACAUACAAACACACACACCAUGACGAUUCUCCCGAAGAAGAAGCCCAGUUCUGGGGUCGGUGUCUCGGAUGAUGACAGUAGGACCGGUUCGGACCCUCACCCCGGUCGGUCUGGAGCCAGACAGAGAGCUUCUCCUCCGCCCUGGUCCUACCCGCCCGCUCCGCCCUCAGACCGGCGGGGCAUCGAGGCGAGCUCCCGGCCGCAGCAGGCCUCUCCUCCGCCUGUCGGCUCCGUGUCUCCUGGAGGACCGACAGACAGCCCCAUGGUACCUGGAUCGCUGGUGGUGUCGUCUGGCGGUUCCGGAGGCAGCUGCUGUUCGGGGCCCGGGCUCAGUAAGAGGAGAAGGCAGACACAAGGCAGCUGCUCCGCCGGGGUGGUGGCGGCUCUGGCCGGAGGAGGCCAGCCUGGGGUGACCGGACCCGGGGGGGGAACCAGUGGCCAGGAGACGGAGGAAGGAGCCGGGAACAACAGCGAGGACGAGUACGAGAACGCGGCCCGGCUGCAGUCAAUGGACCCGGCGACGGUGGAGCAGCAGGAGCACUGGUUUGAAAAAUCUCUGGGGGAAAAGAAGGGCUUCGUCAUCAAGAAGAUGAAGGAGGACGGAGCGUGUCUGUUCCGAGCUGUCGCUGAUCAGGUGUAUGGAGAUCAGGACAUGCAUGAAGUGGUCAGGAAACACUGUAUGGACUACCUGAUGAAGAACGCAGACUAUUUCUCCAACUACGUGACGGAGGAUUUCACCACAUACAUCAACAGGAAGAGGAAAAACAACUGCCACGGCAACCACAUCGAGAUGCAGGCGAUGGCGGAGAUGUACAACAGACCGGUGGAGGUUUAUCAGGACGGCACAGAGCCAAUCAACACGUUCCACGGUAUCCACCAGAACAACGACGAGCCAAUCAGAGUCAGCUACCAUCGCAACAUCCACUACAACUCUGUAGUGAACCCCAACAAGGCCACCAUCGGGGUCGGGCUGGGCCUGCCCGCCUUCAAACCCGGGGUACCAAAACCUGACACUUUUAAAAACCACAAAACUUACGCCGAGCAGACGCUGAUGAAGUCGGCCAUCAAGACGUCGGAGGAGUCGUGGAUCGAGCAGCAGAUGCUGGAGGACAAGAAGCGAGCGACGGACUGGGAGGCGACCAACGAGGCCAUUGAGGAGCAGGUCGCCCGCGAGUCCUACCUGCAGUGGCUGCAGGACCAGGAGAAACAGGCCCGACAGCCCCGGAAGGCGACGGCCACCUGCAGCUCGGCGACGGCGGCCGCCUCCAGCGGACCGGACGACUGGAGUGGCCGGUCGCCGCGGCAACGCGACUCCGACCCCUCCCACUCCCACUCUCACGCCGACCUCCCUACGCCCCCUACGUCGACCAACAACAAGCCCCCCUCUCCCGCCGGGGCCGCCCUCAUCCUGAGCAAACCCCCCUCCCCCUGCGCGCCAGGUCCCAGUAAUCAGAGUCGUCAUCAUUUGGAGUACAGAGCCAUCAUGCAGGAGAUGUCACCUACAGCGUUUGGUCUGACGGACUGGGAGGACGAUGAGAUUUUGGCGUCGGUGCUGGCCGUCUCUCAGCAGGAGUACAUGGACAGCAUGAAACACCAGAGCACCUCCGCCAUGCAUCGAGAGCGAGAGCCGUCACCGGACAGCAGCUGAUAGCUGGCCGACACACAACCACAAACACACAACACAAGAAUGACCUUUUACCUCCCCACCUUACCCACUUCUCCCCUCCCCCCUCCACCUCACCUCUGUCCCACAGAAGGAGAUCGACCAGGGAAAAAAAUAAAACAUCAAUUUGAAAAUGCACACUUUGUUAUUUUCUGCAGACUUUUCAACUCAUCUGUUCAUCACUCCACCUUUCCCUCCUUCCUUUCCUACCUGUCUCGCCCACCCUCCCCCCCUCCUCAGAUGGAGCUUGGUCUUAAUGCUACACUGGGAUCAUAUGAAAUUCACAGACACCCUCGGUUGAAAUUUUAACGUUUUAGUUUUGGUGUCGACAGUUGUUUGGCUGUUAGCUUUGCGGCUACCAUUGCCAUUGGUUUCAAUGAGGAAUGCUCUUCAGAACCGGAGCUACGUAAGCGGGCGAGCUAUCACCUGAAGUCUUACUCUGUUCUAAAGCUAUUUCCUGCUAACAAACCGUGUUGCUGUUAGACUUCACGGUCUGUAACGUCUCCUCUCUCUCCUGGUUAUAUUCCUCCUCUUCCUCUUCAAUGCGAUCUUCAUCAUCAUCAUCAUCGGACUUAUUUAGCUGCAUGUUUAAUCGACCACGACCAAUAUCAUAGAGAAAAAAGCUACAAAUUUAAAAAAAAGAUAAAAAAUGUGAGAAUUGUCAUACUUAUCCUCUUAAUGAUUGAUUAUUAUUGUUGUUAUUAUUAAUAAUAUAAGUUUGUUUUAUUUUAUUUUAUCGUUUGGGAUGAAAAUGCCUUUUUUUCUUGGAAUAAAAAGAGGAAAAUGUUUCUGAAAAAAAUGUCUGGGAGGUGUUAUUGUCUGCACUCAAAAACACUGAGGGUCUUUUCAAAGGGUCCUCUUUGUCCUUUUUAAUAUUAUAUAUAUAUAUAUAGUAUUUCGUUCUUACCUUUACUGUCUUUUUUUUGUACCUUUACACUUUUAUUAUUCUGUUUUUUCAGCUCUUCCUUGUACUCGCUUUCAUUUACACUAUGCAUUUAAUUCUCCGAAGCAAAACAACGUACUGUUACGAAAAUCACCUUAAUAUGUAUUAUUAUAAAGCAUCCCAGGUGCAGUAAAAGCGGACUAAAGUAUUUCAAUGUGUUGCUUUUACAUUGUUUCCUAAACUCUCGAGGUCACAGACUAAAUAAAUAAAAAGAGCAAAUGUCUUCACAGCAUUUCUCUUCGCACUGUAAGCAAAGUAGAGAUACCGUUUUCUGUUUCCCAAAUCAAAACGAGGGCGAAGAAGUGAAUGAAAGCAUAAAUAUGUGGCUUUUAUUCUGAUUUUUU